UGACGUCACGUUUGGCGUGCCGUCUUUCUCACCUAACCUUUGUCGACCGGUUGACAUCAGUUCAAUCAGUUGGCCAAGUGUAGCUGUCUAUAGCGUUUUUCUAGCUACGAGAGAGUUUAAAUCCAUCCCAGAAAAUGGUCUCGAGAGCGACGUCGAGAAGGAUUCCCGAGGCGGAGCCGCGUAUAGACUACGUGCAAUGCGACGGGCUGGUGGUGAUGAAGAUGGUGAAGCACUGCCACGAGGAGUCCUCCGGCAACAUGGAGGUCGCCCAGGGUGCCCUUCUCGGCCUGGUCGUGCAGAAUCGUCUGGAGAUCACCAAUUGUUUCCCGUUUCCCAAGAACGACGAGAUCAUGGACGAGGAGGAGUAUCAGCUCGCCAUGAUGCGAAGGCUGAGAUGGGUGAACGUCGAUCACUUCCAUGUCGGCUGGUACCAGAGCGCGGACGUCGGCAACUUUCUGAAUCUGUCCCUGCUGGAGUCGCAGUACCACUAUCAAACCUCCAUCGAGGAGUCGGUUGUGCUUAUUUACGACACGGCCAAGUCUGCUAGAGGUUUCCUGACGCUUAAGGCGUAUCGACUCACCCCGCAAGCGAUACAGAUGUACAAGGAAAACGAGUUCACUCCCGAAGCUCUGCGCACCUUAAAGAUUGGAUACGAGAGUCUCUUCGUUGAGAUCCCGGUGGUUAUAAAGAACAGCAAUCUGACGAAUAUCAUGAUGUCGGAAUUGGACGAGAUGAUUCCCGAGGAACGGGGUACGAAGUACCUGGAUCUUGGAACGGCCACGGUAUUGGAGAACCAGUUGAGAUGCCUGAUGGAUCGGGUGGACGAGUUGAAUCAGGAGGCGAUGAAGUUCAACAGGUAUCAGCAGUUGGUAGUACGACAGCAGCAAGAUAAGAACAGGCUCUUGGCCAAGAGAGCUCAGGAGAACGCUGCCAGAGCCGCGAAGGACGAGCCACCGCUGCCCGACGACGAUAUCAACAAGCUGAUGAGACCUCUGCCAGUCCCGCCGAGACUAAACCCAAUGAUUGUCGCUGGACAAAUCAAUACGUACAGUGAACACAUCUCGCAAUUCUGUGCUCAGAGUCUAGCAAAAUUGUACAUCACGCAAAGUUUGCAAAACGCAAAGGAGGCGAAGUCCUCCCACUGAUAAGAUUAAUGUAUUACAAAUAUUU